AUGAACCUUUCCCACGGAAUAACGAACGAACUUCCUGCGUCAGUAGUUGAUCGACGACCAUCGGCGCAAAGCGGCCAAAGUCAAGUUUCCAACGGAAACCCAACUCGUUACGGCGGCGUUCCGACAGCCUUCGUUCCGAAUGCCCAAGUGGAGCUCAGAGCGGUAAGUUAA